AGGUGCAGCGCCCUGUUGGGCGAAAAUGACGUCACUCCAAAGACAGCCCGGAACCAGACGUGGAAGUCGCCGUCGCUAAAACAAAUCCUCGCCAUGCCUCCAUGGGAAUAAAACUACGCGGGCGUUAGGGAUCCACACGUAAAGCAUGGCGUCUCAGGAGCUGCUGGGACCGGCGGCCGACGGCCUGAGGUCGGCGAGGGACGGCAGCACGACGGAGAAGAACCUGGCCCUGCUGAAGGCCCACUCGCUGGACGUGACCUUUGAGGUCGGCGAGGAGUAUGACAUCAUCGAGACCAUCGGCACGGGGGCAUACGGCGUGGUGUCGUCGGCGCGGAGACGGGACAACGGCCAGAAGGUGGCGAUCAAGAAGAUCUCCAACGUGUUCGAGGUGCUCACCAACGCCAAGCGCACCCUGAGAGAGCUGAAGAUCCUCAAGCACUUCAAACACGACAACAUCAUCGCCAUCAAGGACAUCCUGCAGCCCAACCUGCCGCACUCAGCCUUCAAAUCGGUAUAUGUGGUGCUGGACCUGAUGGAGAGCGACCUCCACCAGAUCAUCCACUCGGGCCAGCCGCUGACGCCCGAGCACACGCGCUACUUCCUGUACCAGCUGCUGCGGGGGCUGAAGUACGUGCACUCGGCCAACGUCAUCCACCGCGACCUCAAGCCCUCCAACCUGCUGGUCAACGAGAACUGCGAGCUGAAGAUCGGGGACUUCGGCAUGGCCCGCGGCCUCAGCUCCCACCCCGAGGAGUCGCACUCCUUCAUGACGGAGUACGUGGCCACGCGCUGGUACCGCGCGCCGGAGCUCAUGCUGUCGCUGCACCACUACAGCCUGGCCAUCGACCUGUGGUCGGUGGGCUGCAUCUUCGCCGAGAUGCUGGGCCGCAAGCAGCUGUUCCCCGGGAAGCACUACGUCCACCAGCUGCAGCUCAUCCUGGCGGUGCUCGGGACCCCGCCCCUGGGGCUGAUAGGGGCCAUCGGCGCCGAACGCGUCCGCUCCUACAUCCAGAGCCUCCCCUCGCGGGCCCCGGUGCCCCUGACCAAGCUGUUCCCCCAGACGGAGCCCGAGGCGGUGGACCUCCUGGGAGCCAUGCUGAGGUUCGACCCCCGCGAGCGCAUCACGGUGACGCAGGCGCUGGAGCACCCGUACCUCUCCAAGUACCACGACCCCGACGACGAGCCCGUCUGCGUGCCGGCCUUCAACUUUGAGUUCGACAAGAUCCCCACCAACAAGGAGCAGAUCAAGGAGUCGAUCCUGAUCGAGAUCCAGGACUUCCACCGGAAGAAGCAGGGGAACCGACAGAGGCUGCAGUUCAGGCCCCUGGCCAGGGCCAAAGUCGGUGGAGGUGGAGGUGGGGAUGGAGGUGGGGGUGGGGGAGGUAUCCCUUGUCUCUUGGGGACCUCGUCCAUCAACCUGACGGCGCUGGCGCGGUUCUCCCAGAGCUCGCAGCAGGUGAUGGAGGAGGAGCCAGGGCAGUCUCUGCAUGAGGGGGGGAGCCGGCCGCACCACCCCUCCCUGGCCCCGGGCCGGCUGCCCCCCCUCACCAAGCCCCUGGUCUGUCCCCUGGACGUGGACAUGCCCAGCGCCAACUCGGACGCUGGCCAGACGGAGACCAUAGACCUGACCUCGCCCGUCUGCAGCCAGGACCGCCCCGACGCCAUGGGGGGCUUCCCAAAGCCGCAGCAGCAGCAGCAGCAGCAGCAGAAGGCGCAGGAGGAGGAGGUGCUGGCGGACCCCCGGGCCCCCCCACAACCCCCCUCCUCGUCUGGGCCCCCCGCCGCUCCGUCGACGCAGACCGCCGGCCCCGCCCUCUCCCUCUCGGAGAUCCAGGCCCAGUCCCUCUCCCAGGCCCUCUCCCAGUCCCUGGCCAAGCCGGACCGGGCCCCGGUGGGAGAGGGGCCCCGGAAGGACGGGGCGAUCUCGGAGGACACCAAAGCAGCGCUGAAGGCGGCCCUGCUGAAGUCGGCCCUCAGGAACAAGGCCCGCACCGACGGCGGAGGUGCCGGGGGGGGCGACGGCGGCGGCGGUGCCCUGUCCUCCUGCUCCCUCUCCUCCCUGCAGGACAGCCGGCGGCCCGUCACCGCCCAGGAGCGCCAGCGGGAGCGCGAGGAGAAGCGGAGGAAGCGGCAGGAGCGCGCCCGGGAGCGGGAGAGGAAGACGAAGGAGAAGGAGAGGAGGGAGGGCCGGCACGGCGACUCCCUGGGCGGCGUCAUGCUGAGCGACAACGACAAGAGCCUAUUGGAGCGCUGGAAGAAGAUGAUGGACUGCUCCGGGGACAAACCGGAGCCGUCGUGUCCCGGGCCGUCGCCGCACUGGCACCACGCGGGGGGGGUGAAGACGGCGGAGCAGGAGCCGGUACUGAAGCCCCAGCUGGUGUUCCGGCCCGCGGGACAUCGCCCGGUCCCCCUCCUCUUCCCCCCCGCCCACGGCAAACCAACCCAACCUGUGUCCGCGCGGCCAGAGGUUACCGCCGCCGCCGCCGCCGCGGUCAACGGCGAGGUCAAAGCAGGAGCAGGAGAGACGCUGCGGCCGGCGGAGGAGGUGGGAGGAGGAACGCUGAGCUGCAUGGGGAGGUGGAGCAGCCAGCCGCACACCCCGCCCCUCCCCCAGGCUGCUCCUCCUCUCCCAUCGCUCCUCCACCCCCACCCCCACGCCCACCUCUUCCCCCACCUCCACCCCCUGGACAGGUUCCUGAAUAAGGCCCCCGGCGGCCUGCCAAACGGCCUCCCCCCCCACUUCCUGCGGCCCCUGGCCCAGCCCCCGCCGGCCCUGGAGAAGCUGGCCCUAUCCCAGGAGGACAAGCCUGGGCCCCCGACAGACAGCCUGGGCUUCAGCGGAGUCCCGGACAUCCACACGGUCACACUGCAGCUCUCCAAGUCCCAGGUGGAGGACGUGCUGCCCCCCGUCUUCUCCGUCACCCCCAAAGGCAGCGGCGCCGGCUACGGCGUGGGCUUCGACCUCGACGACCUCCUCAGCCAGUCGCUCACUGACCUGCAGCACUCGGACCCCAGGGAAAGCUACGACUCCGGCCCCCUUUCGGCCUCUCUGCUCUCCGAUUGGCUGGAGGUCCACAGCAUGACCCAGGCUGACCUCGAAUCCUUGCAGCAGGAGCUGCAGCUGGGAUCUCCCAUGAGCCUCUCUGAUUCCAUCCCACCUGAUGCCUGACACACCUCCCUUUCACGGGGUACCUAGCAUGAAAGUAUUAAUCAGCACAGAUCAAACAGAACUACCAGCAGUUUUUAAUAAUAAUAGUGGAAGUAGUGAAUCUUUCUACUGAUUAGUUUUUCAUUCAAUAAAUUCAAACGCCAGUA